UUGAUCAUUGAGAUUCGAGUUGGACAUCGCGAAAAAGAAAUGCCUCCGCCGAGCAGAGAACCCUGCAAGAAGGAGGCGUGCGACAUUCAAGCUUGUCUCUCCAAAAACAACUUUCUCCCUCAGAAGUGCGUCAGGGUCAUUCAACUGUUGCAAUAUUGCUGUGAGAACUGCGAUUACAAAUCAACACAUUGUGCUUCUGUUUCUGACCUCUUAAAGCAAAUGCCAAAGCCGAAAAGCCAGAAAUCUUGAUUCAAGACAUCUCAGAUGCAAUUCAAUCUAGAAGUGACACACCCCAUCAGCUAUUGCUUUAACUCUAGGUGUCGAUGCAGGAAGCUAAAAAGGCACCACGUUUUGCGAUAUAGGUGAAGGAAAGAGAUGAGACCAAGGGGAUCAAAUCUUUGAUUGAUCAGCCGAGCUAAUAAAGUUGCCAUUUCUUCCCAAAUCAAUCACCGAGAAAUCCAUUCUAACAAAAUAUUUUAAUUCUUUACCUUCAUGUUAAACCUUGAUAAAAGAAUGACGACUAAUUUUAACUUUGUUUCGGUUUGUACUUCCCUGAUUUAGACAACAAUUACUUGAAAGAAUAUAUUAAACUUGAAUGAUAUGCAUUCCAAGUUCAUGGA